CGGGCUGGGCCGGGGGCGCCGCCUGAGAGGGCAGUGGGCGCGGACCUGGGUCAUCUGGGUCACCGGGAGACUAGCCCCGGGGUGCUGCGGACACCGGAGGCGGCCCCGGCCCCGGCCUGCCCUUGAGUGCCCUUACGGUCCAGGCGCGUUCGGAUCCCGCCUGCGUCCCGGGACGUGCCCCCACAGCCGCCCGCAUCCCGCCCCACACGGGGACCCCGGGCACUUCCCGGGGGCGGCGCCCACUGGCCACCGCACACUUCCUCUUCCCUGUUCCUCCGGGUUUGGCUCUCCAGCGGCGGCGGAGUUACAGGGGGCUCCUGAGAAUGUUGGCCAGGCUCUUCGUGCUGGCCUCCCCCUCUCGUCCUGACCGGGGGACCCUUGUGGGCUCCGGUGGCCCCCUCCCUGCGCGGGAGUUUGUGAGCAGACUGCAGGCCGCCGGACCCCUGCGAGACCAGGCCUGGGGGUUUGGGGUCCUGCGCAGGACCGAGCUGGGUGCCCCGCGGGGCCUGCUCUCGGGCCAGGCACGGAGGGCAGUGUGAGUCACCCUCAGGUCCUGUCCAGAAUCCCCUCCGUCCCCCCGGAGACGGGGCUGGGGGGGAGGUGGGGGUAAUUCCUUGCCUCCACUCCCGAGUGACUUUCCCGGAUGUGAAGAGAGACAGAGAACUCGGAGAAGGAGGGCCCCAGAUGGGCAGGGCAGCUGCAGAGCCACUGCUUUGCAGCCGAUCCGAGGACUCGUCUUGCAGGAAGCCAGCUCCGCCUGGCCUUGGGUUGGGCACUUCUUACUUCCUCUCAGGGCUUUCUUCCCCCUUCCCUUCUGCAUCUCAAAUCUCUGGAGCUGCUCCCGGAGCUGACUGGCGGGUGACCUCGUGACCUCCUGAGAACCAGGUUCAAGCCCUGCUGGGCCCAAGGCUCAGUGACAGCAUGGCUAGGCAGGGUCCCACAGGCCGUGCGCUCAGAGCAGGCAAUGGCCGGGUCCCGAGUCCUCUGCCCUCCACCAGAGAGGCCAGACUCAGCUGGCUGGAUGGUGGUAACGUUUGCGGAAGCUCCUUACACUCACGGCCUGUGCCCAGCUCUCCUGUCAUGGCUAGCACGGGGUAAGCCCUGCUUCAGACACGCAGAGCGAGGCCAAGGGGCAGGUGGCUGGCUGCACAUGCAGGUCUCUGAUCCACGAGGCUGCCUUUUUACCGCCUUCUCUUUGCACUGCCUCCUCUAUAGGUCUUACAUGUGCGUGGCAAUUGGAAAGAAGCGUUCUCUUGCCCUAAAAUCCCUCGAGAACCGCAGCUGUCUUUCAUGGGCCCGUGGUGGGUGAAGAGCCUGAGGGUAGCCACCCGCAGUCUUGCAGUCUGGGCGCAGAGCAGCCUUGGCCCCCUCGGCGUACUGCCUGCACUUGCCACCUCAGGCACAGAGCGUGCUGGAAACGCAGGGGGCACGGUUAAAUGGGAACAGUUUAGGCUCAUUGGAGAACACGGCUACCGAAACCAGGAACACUGGUCACACACAUGCACGAGCGUCCUGCUGCUCUGCGCUGGACUGUGAGGCUGCCGUGAGAGGCCCAGAUCAGAGUGGGGACACGUGCUGGGUGGCUUUGGUGGUUUCUUCAUCAGACUUUAAAAGCCUGGGCCCAGACCCCAAGCAAGGACACUCUUGGGCCCUGGGUGUGCAGAAUGAGCUCUGCGGUCAGUCCUGCUCCUGCUCUCACCUCCCACCUGGACUGCUCCUGGCACCUCCUUGCUGUUCCGUCCCUCUGGUCCCACCCUGCACCCCAUUACUCAGCAGCAGUACCCCAGAAGUGUCCCAGAGCAGGACUGUGAUCAUGUCUGUUCCCUAAUCCCUUGUGCCAAGCUCCUCGGCGUGGACUCAGGCUCCCCCACCUUCCUCCCUUCCUGCUCUGCUGAGAACGGCCGGGAGACCUGUGCUGAGCUCUGACCCCAUCCCUUGGGCCCCGUCCCUGGUGCUUUGUGCGCACGCUGACCCUUGGUGCUCACCGUCGUCCCAUUCACACUAAGUAGGUGGUCAGUGAACAACAUCCUUUGUCAGCUGCUUGCUGGCAGGCAGCUCCAGUCAUCCCUAGGCAGUCCAGAAUGGCACCUUGCAGCCUUUUUGGGGAUGAGGGGUGGACUUGCUGGCUUCCACUCUCUUUGAAUUAGCUGGAAGGAGGCUGUGGGGUGAGGCUGGGCUGCCUCCACCCCUUAAGCUUGGAGACCUGGCCAGCCAUACCCUGUCAUUCUGUGGGUCCUGGCAGCGGCCCAGGGAAGGGUCUGAGAAGGGCCUCUGCAGACAGCUGUGUUAGUGCCACCAGGCCAAGGACGGCCAGCUGCAGGGGGCCGGGUCUGUGGGAGGACGGAGGGGUGUCCUGGCCCAACGCAGACACCUCAGGUGGGGCCAGUGGGGAAGUCAGCGACUCUAUCCCCCUGCAAGGACUUGUCGGAGCACCAGGCACGGAUUCGCAGGAGACCGAGUGGAACGCAUGCAUGUAUCGGCCUCACUGCCUCCCGUGUGGGUACACGCCAUCACGCUUCAGCAGCUGUUCCACACCCUGCUUGCCCUUGCUUCUCCCCACGAUUGAGGGGAGCUUUGUCCCCACCUCCCUGGUGGCCAGAAUGGGGCAUGUGCCUGGACGGUGCUGCAAGAGAAUCAGGAAGAAAGCAGGUCAAUCACUACUGCUUAGCAGUGUCACGUGUGCCUGUGUCCAAAGGAGGCCUUGGCCGCAGCUUCCUGCCCCUCCCCAUGCCAUCACAGCCCAGACCUGGAGCAGAGCGAGUUCCUCCUCGCACUCUGUCCCCUCAACACCGAUGCUUCUCGUAAAAGUCGCCCUUUGGAAUUAAAUUCACCUUGAACCCGUGGACCUUCUGCCCUAACCUGAUACUCCUAUUUGAUAGGAGAGCCCUGCCUUUCUGGAAAGGUGGCUGUGCAGAGGCUCGAGCUCAUGGGGCCCGGACCACACGGCUCCCCAACUUCCCGUCUUCCUCCCUUGGGGUGGGCUGAAGGCUCAGAUGCUGCCCAUGAGUCCAGAGGUCACCAGGCUACCCGGGCCAAGGCUGCUUCUGCUGCCACCUGGCAGACAGGAACACAAAGUGCCCAAAGUGGGAUUGCACGUCUGCUGCCGUUUCUUUCUCUGUAGAUAUUAUCUGAUGUGAAAUGGUAUCGAACUCGUGAACUAGGAAACUGAAACCCCGAGAAUGACCCUGUUCCUCUGAAAACGCCGUUCUGGAAAACGUAGUGAACUUCCUUUUUUGGGAUGCACAGCUGAGUUAUAGUAUGACUCCACAGACACAAAGGGACAUGCAGCAGCCCUGUUUCCCUCCACGUGGGCAGCCCCGGCCCCCCGUGCGUGAGCGUGCGUCUGGCGUCCCUCCCACCUUGGUGCCCCGAUGUGCCCAGGAAGCCAGGGGGUGGCGGGUAAGCUGCACAGCGAGGAGCCCCGACUGCUGCUCGGCACUGGCAGCCGGAACCUGUGGGGACUGCAGUACCUGACAGACGUGGAAGAGUCCAGAAAUGCCAGGAGUAACCACCACCCCGUAGUGUGCUCGGGCAGCAGCCCCUGCUCAGGAGGGCAGGGCUUUGGGACAGAGCACAGUUCCUGUCAGGCUUGCUCACGACAAGUGCCACUUACCCUCUCAGAGCCCCCGGCUUUCAUCCCUAGACCUGGCUGUCCCGGGUCAGCGGGGUGGUGACAGGCUCUGGGGCCAGCGGGUAGGGGUCGCUGGCCUCGGUGUUCACCUGAGGGCGACAGUGGGCCAGUGGAGGAGGCCACCGCAAGGUGGAGCCCGGGCCCUUGUUCCAGCCUGAAGGCCUGGAGGAGAGCGCGCGUGUCCCUCCCCACCGGAGUCCUCCUGUGCUAAGGAAGGCAGAGCUGCUGCACUUGGAGUGGGGGUUGCCCCGUUGGUGGGUAGAGUGGCCAGUGAUGCUGGGAUCGGGGUCUGGUGGAUCUCAGUAGCUGUCUGGCUGCUUACCUGGAGCCCUGGCCACUUGGGUACCUUUCCCUGGCAACCCCCACUGUGGGCAGAGCCAGGCUGAGGGAGACCCUGUCCCCGGGGCCCCAGGUCUUCAACAGCCCGGUCUGCUACUCUGGCUGGCCCGUGGAGGUGAGGGGUUUGGGACCGGGCAGCGAGGAGCUGGCCGAGCAACGCAGCUCCUCUGGGGCCUCCAGCUUCCUCUGGGUAAGGGACAGAUGCAGCUUCUAAAGGGACACAGUCUCUGGGUCACCAGCCCGUAGGAGCACUUCCGGGGCGACCAAGCGUCGUUCUUUGUCCAGGCCCAUAUGUUCAGAGGUGGGAGGCAGAGCCCGGACCAAGUGUCUGGUUGGCACACACUCCAGUGGACUCUGACUCGUGCUGAUAAGCCUGGGGGUGGGUCUGCAGACCCAGGGCCAGAGUCCAGAACCUUCCAGGAAAGGGAGUGCCCUCCAGGUGGGUGUGCUAUUGGCAAGCCUGCUGAGCCUUCCUUCUGCAUGGGGAAGGUCUGGCGUCCACCGCGCCAGGAGAGCCCCUUCCCAAGUGCUGUGGGUGCGUCUGGGCUGCGGGUGGUCGGCGGAGUGGCAAGGCUUGAGUGCAGCGUGGCCAUCCCCUCUCCCUGUGGCAGUUCCCUGGCCUCUCUAUAACCCCUGAGACCCGCUGCCCGGACCCUUGCCCUGACAACCUCUGGUUCCCUCGGGCCGCCCUGAGCCGGAGGCAUGAGACAGUGGUCCUGUCUUUGCAGGGCGAGCUGCAAAGCAGAUGUGUCUCGCCAGGCCACAUCUGCCACGCCUUUGGUGUUUCUUCCCUAAAGGGAGCUCCACAUGCCUGAUGGCCCAUCCCCGAUCCUGCACCCUGAGGGGGUGCUGUCCUGCCAGUGCUGGGGGGCAGGGAGGUCAAGGUCUGGACCUCCCCAGGUGGGUAGAGGCUGGAGCCUCUUGUCUGGUGGCUGGAGUUCUAGGCUUCGGCAGGGUGGCCCUUCAGGCACAGGGUGCCCUCCCAGUGGACCGCUGUCCUCAGUCCCUCCCCUGAGCCCUUGUCCCGGGGCUGACUUAGGCAGCCCGUCCGGGUUGCUGCUGUUCGGGGAGGCACCAUUAUUGUCAGAAGGGGAAAUGUACGCUGAUGAGAUUGAAGACGACCGGUUCCCUGGGCCCUUGGUGAGGGUGUUGCAGGGUCGGGACACGAAGUUCGCCCCCUCACCCAGGGUGAAUGAGCAUGGCGUGGGGAGUGAGCCAAGUGUGGAUGUGGUUGUGGGUGCCGCAUGUCUGUGGGGGAGUUGGGCGGGGCGUGUGCAUGUGGGAAGAGGCAUCAUCAAGCAGCAUACAUCUGUGCGGGGCCCAGGCCCCGUUGUCACAUGGGACUCAGGGGCCCCAGGGGCAUCGGACUAACUUUUUGUGCCCCCCAGGCAUGGGACAGAGUGGGACUUAAAUACCCUUGAUCGGGACCUGGGGCGUGGCCUACCCUGUGUUCCCCUCCCUGGCCUAUACUUGCCUGGGUAAAUUCUCACUUGGUGGAGACAACUUGCCUGUGUCCCUGCACCUCAGCGCCCCACCCCUACUCCCCACGCCCUCAGGGGCCGGCAGGGGCAGGGAGGGCCAGGGAGGGCCGGUGGCUUAGGGUGAGGGGGGUGGGGUGCCUGCUGUGGCCCACACAGGCGCUCCCCGCAUGGGGUCUUAAAGAGGCUGAUUCUCUGGCUCUUCUUGUGCUUCUCACUCUGCGGGGACCGUCCCCUGCAGUCCCCUUGGAGUGCCGUGCCAGGCACCUCGCCCCGCCCCAGGCUGGGGGACAGGCCGGUCAGCCCCUGAUGGUUAACAGCUUCAGGGGGUGGGACUGCAGCCCCACCUCCGAGGUUCCCUGAGGCCAGAUCUAGGCCACUGCCCCGUUUAAAUCUAGGGCAGCAGCUCCGGAAUGAGGGCGAGGAGGACCGGUGUGGCUUGUCGGGCUGCAGACAGCCCCUUUGCCCUGCGACGCCCCGUUGCAGAGCGCCCUGCCCCUUUGCACGAUGCAGGAGGCUGGCGUCACCACGGUGUGCACUCUGGCUUCUGCCCAGAGAUAUGUUACUGUUUAUGGCACAGCAGCCAGAAAGCGCGCCGAGUGGGCAGGGCUCCGGCGUUGGGGGCUUGGCACACAGCGGAGGCCUGGUGGCUGUUUGCUAAAUGAGCAGAGAUGCACAGAGCGAUGGCUGGUGUGCCCCUGGCACCUACGGGGCUGGCCCACAUCCCAUGCUCCCACCUGGGGGAGGCAGGCAGCACAGGGGGCUUUGUCCACCCAGCAGGCCCUGCAGGAGAAGAGGGCCACGUGACACGUGUCACCGGGGAUCCAGUUUGCUCUGCCCUGCAGGAGGCCCUCACCUAGCUUUGUCUCAAGUUGCAAGGCCUGGGGAACAGGGUGUGUGAGCGUCCCCGUGCCCGGUUAUUCUGACAUGGAGCCAGGUUGGGAGCCAGGGACUGGCCACCCUGCCCGGCAGUUUCCCGCACAUCACUGUGUGCAGGUGGGACUCUCGGGGUAGCACGGGGCUGGUGGCCCCUGGGGAGCCCUGCUCGACCGGGGGACUCCUUCAUGGGGUCUUACUCCCGGGUCCUCUCACCGCCCCCAGGUAUUGGGGUGCUGUCAUCCCCGAAGAUCCCCAGACGGGCCCUCCUGAGCUGGGUGCUCUCUGGGGAGCAUUUGCCCUUCCAGCCUGCAGGGACAGGGGUCUGUGCUGCCUCCACCCUCCCAGGAGGGACUGGACUACCACCACGUAGCCCACCCCUGGACAGGCCUCCCACCUCCCCCAGACGGGGUCUGCAGGGUCCGAGUUCCCUGAAGGUACGUCAGGAAGCUGGGGUGCAGGGUACGGCUGCUGCCAGGUUCGGGGGGCCACGUGCUCUGCCGCAGGCGGGGAUGGGGGGCCAGCAUGCUCCCUGGACACUCACUGCCUCACCGCCGAAGACCAGGUUAGGGCGUUCGUGAGGAACAGGUGGGUCCUUGAUGUGCUGCAGGCGGCGCACCCGGCCCGGGCAGAACCUUGGUGCUCCUUCCUUCGGGCAGAGCCAGAACCCCUGGGAAGCCUGGGGCCACAUCCUCGCGAAGCCUCGGGGCUGGUUUCCCCUUGGCUCUGCCUGCAGCAGACGUACACGGUGCUGGCACUGUCUGCCCCCCACCUCGCCCUCCGCCCCCACGGGGGACACAGGCAGAGCUCUUGUCAGGACCAUGCCAGCCCUGGAGCCAAGUGCGAACAGGUCCGUCCCAUGGCAUCUCAAGUGGGCCUGGCUCCACUUCAGGCCUCCUCUGCCCUUGUGUACCCUCCGUCUGCCCAGGAUUUGGCUGGGAAAAGAGCAUCAGGAAUGCUCAGGCUCUUCCUUGGAGGGGCUCCUGCGUGGACUGGAGCCCCAGCAUCCGAUGGGCUGUUGGGGUCUGACCUAGCAGCAUGGGGGAGGCAGGUGUCUGCAAUGACCCUGGCUGAUGAGGAACUGACUGCUGGUGAGCGUGCCCAGUGCGGAAGCCACCGGCGUGCGUGGCUGCGGACUCGAGUGUGGCUCAUCCACAAGGAGAGGAACGCAACCACAGUGGCGUCCGAAGAUCUCAACCGAGAGCAGUGUCCCGUAGCUCACGCGUGGUUUUACCUAAAUUUCAUGCUGACACGGAGGUAUUCUGGAGUGUUGGGUUACACAAGAUGCAUCUUCCAGGAUCCUUACCUCCUUCACGUGGCCGCUAGACGACACGAAAGAGCAUCCGUGGCUCACGUGAGGCUCCUGGGGGUGGGCACUGAUGGACAUUCUUGCACAGGUGUGGGGGGUGCUGUCGGCUUUGCAGGCCGCGGGGCCUCUGCCUUCUCCGUUCAGCUCAGGUGGUGCCCCGUGGGGAGGCCUGAGGGGCAGGACACUUGCGAGGCCGCUGGGCCAGUCAGGGCAGGCGCUGCUCCGUCUCACGCACGUCCCCGCUCCUCUGAGGAAAGGCCGUCUAAGCACAUUCUGUUGCUGCGCAGAGGACUCGGCUGGUCUGUCCAGAGCGCGUAUGAGUCGGGGCCCAGACGUCUCCCGACCCUGGCCUCCUCUUCCCCCCUGGCCUCCUCUUCCCGUGUUCCUUGGCCCUCACCAGCCUCCAGAACUGAGCGGGCUGCCGGUCCUCCUUGGCCCGGAGCCUGACUGGGACUUGCCUUGUCUGGAUCGAGCCAAGAGGCCUCCGGCUCAACCCACGGGGGUCAGACCGUCUCCCCUGCGCGCAGGCCAUCCCUGCCAGAGGCUGGCCUGCCUCCCGGGUCCUUCCUGAGUCACCCAUCUGUUCCCGGGCCCCUGGAGUCUGUCUGGCCUGGGGAGGCUCUGCCUGCCGCGGAGCGCCAUGGGGAAUCUGCUGGGCUCCGUGCGCCCUUGGCGCCCUCCUCCCAGAGGCUGUCCUGCGAGGCCGUCCCAGCUCUGCUGCGUGCACUUGCGUGUUUCUCCGUUUCCUUUGGCCAGAUGCCGACAGUCCUUUUUUCUGCAAUAAAGCAUGAUUGUGUGGUUUCUUUCUCACUAAUGGUAUGACUACCUUUGAAGACCAGCAAGUGGACACAUGGCCAACCCCUCGGGGCGGUUGGGGGCUUGGGGUUGGAUCUCAGGAGCGGAGCAGGGGCCCUGGUAGCGGGGUGGGCCUCAGGCUGGGAGCUGCAGCUCUGCACCGCAGCCCUGGCUGUGGGGCCUGGGUCCCGAGGCCACUAGCGUGCUGGGGAGCCUCUCCCGGGCUUUGGGGGCUUCUUUCCUGUGAGUCAUGCUGUUUCUCCUGUUUCUCUUUAUUCUCUCUCUGUUUAUUUCUGUUGUGUGAUUGACCAGCCCGGCCGCCCUGUCUCCGGCGUGGGCGCUGUCCUCCCUCCAUGCUCCACCUCGCCCACUGCGGGCCGCGUGUGACCAGGCCCGGGUCUCAGCGCGGCCGCCAUCGCGGGGGCCAUGGGGAGCUCCGCCUCCUCGCUGGCCACCGAGACCGAGUCGGACCACGGCUUCCCUGGGGGACCGCCUUACCCCGGGCCCCCUGCAGCAGCCGGCUGGUGUAGGAGCGGCCCUGGGGGGCCUGUCUGGGGUGGUGCCCUGGUCACCCGGCAGCACCAGCCCCCACGUCCCCGGGCCCGAAGCCACACGCACUCGCCGGGGUCCAUGGCCACGGUUGGGGAGUGGUCCUGUGCGCGUUGCACCUUCCUGAACACAGCCGGCCAGCGCCAGUGCUCCAUCUGCGAGGCCCCCCGGCACAAGCCUGACCUCGACCACAUCCUCCGGCUCAGUGUGGAGGAGCAGAAAUGGCCCUGUGCCCGCUGCACAUUCCGGAACUUCCUGGGCAAGGAGACUUGCGAGGUGUGUGGCUUUGCCCCAGAGCCUGUGCCUGGUGCCUCCCUGCUGCCUGUCAUCAACGGGGUCCUGGCGGAGCCGCGGGGCAGCUGCAAGGAGGAAACUGGUCCCCCGCGGACAGCGGGGCUGGCGUCCGCGGAGCCGGCUCGGGGGCGGCCCGAAGAGGAGGAGGAAGAGGAGGAGAAGGAGGAGGGGGGGCCAGCAGAGCCCGGGAGCGGCUGGGCCUGCCAGCGCUGCACGCUGCACAACACGCCUGUGGCCAGCUCCUGCUCUGCCUGCGGGGGCCCCCGGAAACUCUCGCUGCCCAGAAUCCCUCCUGAGGCCCUGGUGGUCCCCGAAGUUGUGGCCCCCGCUGGCUUCCACGUCAUCCCUGCCCCAGCCCAGCCCGGGGAAGGCACCGAAGCCGACCCUCCCUCUGCCACCGACCAGGAGCCCCCCCGGGCGCCACCCUUCAGCCCCUUCUCGCCCACCCUGCAGAACAACCCCGUGCCUCGCAGCCGCCGAGAGGUCCCCCCCCAGCUGCAGCCACUGGUGCCUGAGGCCACUCAGCCUUCGCCCUCUGCGGGCUCCAAGGGGCUCCCCCAGGGCCCGGGGCGGACUGCAACCGGGGCCUCCCGCCUGGCGGAGCUGCUGUCGAGCAAGCGGCUGAGCAUGCUGGAGGAGGAGGCCGCCGAGGGCAGCGCGGCACCGCACCGGUGCGGCGCCUGCUCUGCACCCGGCCCCUCGAGCCCUGCCCGCUGUGAGGCCUGCGGGGCCGCGCCGGGCAGCGAUGUCAUCGACCUGGCUGGAGACACGGUGCGCUACAAGCCGGCCAGCCCCUCCAGCCCUGACUUCACCACCUGGUCGUGCGCCAAGUGCACGCUCAAGAACCCCACAGCAGUCCCCAGAUGCGCAGCGUGCGGCUGCUCCAAGCUGCACGGCUUCCAGGAGCAUGGCGAGCCCCCCGCCCGCUGCCCUGACUGCAGCGCCGAUAAGUCCGGCCCCUGCUCAGCCCACAAGGCCAGCUGCCCCUGCCCCGUGGUGCCGCCCGAGCGCCCGAGCCAGUGGGCCUGCCCUGCCUGCACUCUGCUCAAUGCGCCCCGGGCCAAGCACUGUGCCGCCUGUCACACGCCCCAGCUCCUGGUGGCCCAGCGCCGGGGCAUCGCGCCCCUGAGGCGCAGGGAGAGCAUGCACGUGGAGAAGCGGCGGCAGACAGACGAGGGUGAGGCCAAGGCCCUCUGGGAAAACAUCGUGGCCUUCUGCCGGGAGAACAGUGUGAACUUCGUGGAUGACAGCUUCCCCCCUGGGCCCGAGUCUGUGGGCUUCCCCGCGGGUGACAGCGUCCAGCAGCGCGUGCGGCAGUGGCUGCGGCCCCACGAGAUCAACUGCUCCAUCUCCAGGGACCACAGCGCCUCGUGGUCUGUGUUCCAUACUCUCCGGCCCUCGGACAUCCUGCAGGGGCUGCUGGGGAACUGCUGGUUCCUGAGUGCGCUGGCUGUGCUGGCUGAGCGGCCUGACCUGGUCGAGCGGGUGAUGGUCACACGCAGCCUGUGCGCGGAGGGCGCCUACCAGGUGCGGCUCUGCAAGGACGGCACGUGGACGACGGUGCUAGUGGACGACAUGCUGCCCUGUGACGAGGCCGGCUUCCUCCUCUUCUCCCAGGCUCAGCGGAAGCAGCUGUGGGUGGCCCUCAUCGAGAAGGCGCUGGCCAAGCUGCACGGCUCCUACUUUGCCCUCCAGGCGGGGCGCGCCAUCGAAGGCCUGGCCACGCUCACCGGCGCCCCCUGUGAGAGCCUGGCGCUGCAGGUCAGCUCCACUAACCCCCGCGAGGAGCCCGUUGACACUGACCUCAUCUGGGCCAAAAUGCUGAGUUCUAAGGAGGCUGGGUUCCUCAUGGGGGCCUCCUGUGGGGGGGGCAACAUGAAGGUGGAUGAUGCUGUCUACGAGAGCCUGGGCCUGCGUCCGCGCCACGCCUACUCCAUCCUGGAUGUCCGUGACGUCCAAGGCUCCAGGCUCCUGCGGCUCCGGAACCCAUGGGGACGCUUCUCCUGGAAUGGCAGCUGGUCGGACGAGUGGCCGCACUGGCCAGGGCACCUGCGCAGUGAGCUCAUGCCACAUGGCAGCAGUGAGGGCGUCUUCUGGAUGGAGUACAGUGACUUCGUCAGGUACUUCGACUCCGUGGACAUCUGCAAGGUGCACUCGGACUGGCAGGAGGCGCGUGUGCAGGGCUGCUUUCCCAGCUCUGCCAGCGGGCCUGUGGGGGUAACUGCGCUCACGGUGCUGGAGCGUGCGUCCCUGGAGUUCGCCCUCUUCCAGGAGGGCAGCAGGUGGGUGGGGGCGGGCACCGCCCCCGCCCCCGCCCCCGCACCGCCCCCCACCUCGCUUCCACGGCCCUCACCGGCCCCCUCCCCCAGGCAGGUCCUGGUGAUCCUGUCCCAGCUGGAGGGCAACGCGGGCUUCUCCAUCACCCACCGCCUGGCGCACCGCAAGGCUGCCCAGGCCUUCCUCAGUGACUGGACAGCCUCCAGGGGCACCCACAGCCCCCCUCUCACGCCCGAAGUCGCUGGCCUGCACGGCCCCCGGCCUCUGUGACCACCCCACCUUCCCAGCCCCCACGCGCACUUUAUGAGGGAGACCCCAACAGAGGACGCUUGAAUCCGAAUCUCAGGACCCCGCCCGGGGAGCCACUAGCUGCAGUAGCCUCCCAGGCCUUCCUCCCUGCCCCUCCCUCCUGCCCAGGGCCUCCCAGCUGCCAAGCAGAAUACCUCGGACCCGCCUCAACUGCAGGGGGCCUGUACACCAGCCCCUCUGACCAGCCACCUCAAGGUCGGGUUCAGACUGCCAGGGCCAAGGUGAGGCUUCUCUUUGCCUGGGGGCCUGGGGUCUCCAGCUCACAGAACCAGCUCUGGGCAGGUCAGAGGCCAGGACCCCAGAGCGAGAGCAGGGGUCAUCACUCCCUUGCGGGGGUCAGGCUGGGACCCCAGGGUGAAGAGCAACUAGCCCCUCUAUGAUGGAUUAGAGGCUAGAACCCCAGAGCGAGCAGGGACCACCCCCCGUCUGUGGGGGUCAGAGGCUGGGAUCCCAGGAUGAGAGCAGGGACCACCCCUUUGUGGGACAUGAGAUCAGGAGCCUUCUGUCCCCAGCUUGUCCCCAGAGCACAUUUCCCUGCCCCCUGGCCCCCACAAGGCAAGCAGGGGUCCUUGGACUCCCAGCAGUGUGUCCCAGGAGGCAGUGCCUGGAGACCGUGGGCUCAGGGCCGGGGAUGGAGAAGGUCCCAGCUGCCCCUCUGGUGACACUAUGCAAUUCCUGGAGCGCCUGCCAGGAUCGACGAAGCCAUGCCCCAGGGGCUGGAGGCCAGGGGCUGUGGGUCAGGGUCCAGCCAGGCCCAGGCCCAGCCCUGCUGUUGGGUGAGGUGGUUUGUCCUCAGCACCACCUGACGUCUGCCAGGAGGACCAGGGUCCUGCAGCAAUCCUGGGCCUCCCUGUCUAGGCAGACGUAGGGCCCAGCAGCCCCUCCCAGCUCCUCCCCCACCUCGGAAGCCCAGGUUGCUGAGCGGUCUCUUGGCUACCGGCUGUCCUCAGUUGAGGCUGCCGUCAGGCCAGAGUCCUGCGUCUGCCCUCGGACAUCUGAAGCCAGCUUCCUGGGGGCCCACCUGGCCUCAGGGUCCUGCAGCCCCCAGGCGGUGGGCAGUCCCAUGGGGCUUGGGGGACCUUUCACACCUGGAGAGACAUCGGGAGGCACACCACUCCUCUUUGGGCCUCCUUUCUCUCCCCUCCUUUUACUCUGAGCUGUGACUAUUUUUAACCCUGUAUAUAUGGCCGGCUCUUCUGACACAGAGACUAUUUUAUCAUUUGUCAGUCCCCAUCCCUGUAGGAUGGUUCUCCAUGGGUGUUUCCAGACUCAGGCUCCAAUGGACCAAAUAAAAAUGUUUUGUUUUGUAA